AUGCUUAAAUCUUGUUUCGAGUGUAUAUCGGGUGGUCGAUUGGAAAAUGAGGUUUAUGGAACUAGUAUAAACGGAUUAACACAGAGACCAGCGUGGCCGCAACCGCGACAAAACGAAAAAAUGUUUCGGUUGCCAAGAGCCCUCAAUGUGGAUGAUAAAGUUAUUGUGAAAGGAGAAUUAACUGAAAAUAUGCAGAGGUUAUCUUUAGGCUUAACUAGAGGCACUGUUGAGCCAGAUAUUGAAAAUAUUGCAUUCUAUAUGAAUAUUGACAAGGAAACAGAUAAAAUUUACAUUGGUAGCAAAGAGAAUGGGAUUAAUACAUCAGCAGGUGAUGUGUCGGAACCUUUUUCAGAUAUACAUACUGAUGCAGUCAAUGGUAGAUCCGAAUUUAAUGUUACUAUAUUACUAAGAAGAAAUAAUCAAGGACAAGUAGUAUUGCGUGUAGGUUAUUCUGCGUACUUUUCAGAUAAAACUGUACCGAUUAAUAAUUUAGAAGAUAUAACAUAUUUAAUAAUAAAUGGUGAUGUAUUGAAAGUGAAUGAAUUACAGUUUUUAUUUGCAAAU